GUCACUCCGCGGCAGUGAUCAGUGAUCGCUCGGACGCCGCUCGCGCCGCACGCUCCACGCUCCGCUCGAAGCCCCGCGAAAAAACAACAACACCCCGACCCCGAGUGACCCUAAAGUGCAUACCGAGCGGUCGGACGAACGAAACGACUUCGCGAACUCACCGCCAUAUUUAUGAACGAUCCUCGUUAACCACUAACACCCGCUUCGCUAUAACUUAAUAAGUGAGCUUAAUUAACUGUUACUCUUAUUAAUUAACGCAAAGGUGAAAACGAAACCAGCGAACUGUGCACUGAAGACAGAGUUGGCGAAUUUUAAAUGUUAACGGGCGGUGGUCGCUGACGGCGGCGCCGGCGCUCAGAAUGUCUGAAGGAGACGUGUCACUUAUUCGCGACGAGGACGUGUUGCGGCGUAUGUGGCAGCAGACAGAGGACUUCUCCCGCAAGAAAGAGAUCCGCGCACACAUGUACCGCCUGCGCGAGGAGCGCCUGCGCAACCUCUACUCGCCGGAGCCUGCCGGCGACAAAGGUUGUGAGUUCACGUCGACGCAGGGCCACGUGAAGUCCUUCGCCGACCAGAGCUUCCAGUCCAUGAAGAGCAAGGAGGUGCGCGACGCGGGCUCCCCGCCCAAGGAGUUCACGUACCGCGGCCAAGAUCUGAAGGAGCUCUCCAACGCCGGCUGGAACGUCGAGUCCGAGAACACGACCAGCGACGACGGCCACACGCGCGUGCGCACCGUCGCCGCCGACGUCGCCGGACACUACGACGUGCCCGGCGGCCGCGGGCACUUCGCCGCGCUCGAUACGCAGCGCCGCGCUCACACCGAGUACCACGACGACACCUCCAGCCUCCAGCGCGACGAGAGCUCCACCAGCACGGCGGCCCGCGAGCACGUCGUGCGCCAGACCGACGACGGAACCCACGUUUCGUCCUCGAAGACCAGCUCCUCCUCCACGUCCAAGUUCCAGCAGGUCUCCUCGACGAAACUCGACCCAGUGCCAUAUUUAACCGACGACGACUGUGACCGACGACAAUUCACGCGCGACACUAACCGUACCGAAGAAACGCAGAGAAGAGAGGCGACUAACGAUUACGAGCAAAACUUGAGAAGGAGCGAUUUGGAAACCGGGGAACUGGUGUCCAGGAAGGUGGACUACCCCGACGACGACACCAAAGUGAUCGUGGAGACGCGCCGCCUGCCCGACGGCACGCGCGUCACCAGCACGCGCCGCGAGUUCCGCGCGCCCGCGCACGUCAGCCGCGCCGAGCACCGCGAGCACCGCACCACCAGCGAGAACAGGUCCUCCCGCACCACGUCGCAACAAAAAUCUGACGUGAGGGAAUCGACCUCGAAAAUUACCCGUCACAAUGUCGACAAUGAUUUCGUUGACAUCGUGGACUCCCAAAAGACGUCCGACGACUAUGAUUUCAAAAGGGAUCAGCGAACACACUAUACGACGACCGAGAACGACACCUACGACAGUCAGAAGAGAGUGAACAAGCAGCGGCUCGAGUCCGAUGUGAACGAAAUCAGACGUGACGUCGUCACGGACGAGAGGAGCGCGCGGCGACCCGGUCCGCAGGAGUGCGAUCAGCCCAAGAGUACGGCGGAACGAGUUCAUCACACGACCAGAGAUAAUAAGGUCGAGGAAGUGGUCGAGAGAAAAACGAGCACGGAGAGAUACCAGACGACGUACCAAACUGAUUUUUCUCAAAAGAAGAUAAGCAACGACUGGAGUCCGUCGCAGCAGGCCUGGGCCAGCUCGCUGCGCGCCGACACGCCGCCCUCCACGCGGCCCUCCACCCGCGCCUCGUCGCCGGGCGCCCGCACUUUUCAGUCGAGCACGUCGUCCCUGAGGAGCAGCGUCAGCCCCGACAAGACCUCCAGGAAGCCUCCGAGCCGCGGCGGGAGUCCCAGCAAAGUCGACAGACACUCCCCGACUCGUACCGUGUCCGAUAGAUACUCGAGCUCCCAUUCUACGCAAUCCGUCACCGAGAGCAAGACGCACAGGUACACCAGUCCCGAGGGAAGACCUCCUCACGGAAAAUCUCCCACUAGACCUGGCUCCAGUCCGGAUAGAAAGCCGCAGGACGGAUCUAGACCGAGAUACAGCGUUAGCCCUGAUAAGAAACCGCAAGAUUAUACGUACCGCCCGAGUGCCAGUCCCGACAGGAGCUCUCCGAACAAAACCGGUCCAGCUGACAACCACCCUCGAACGGCUUCCCCGUCUAGGCCUGUGGGUCAUUCGAUGAGACUGAGCGUGAGUCCUGAUCGAAAACCAGCACCCAAGGGACAGAGAUCUAGCCCGAGCCCCGAUAGGAAGCCUGCGUUUGAUGGCACCCCAGCGGAUAGCUUUCCUAGACAUACUUCUCCCUCGAAGCCUCGAGAUCAUAAUGAUACAUAUUCUACGAGACCUAGUCAGAGCCCUACCAGAAAACCAGGUGAGGGAACCACAAAAAGCCCUACGAAAGAAUAUUCUACUCCGACUGACUCGACCCCAGGAUAUAAGAUUCCUGCAGACCAAUAUUCAAGUCCUACCGCCAAUUUCCCACGUAGCACUUCUCCUUCAAAGCUCAAUACGAGACCCAGUUCGAGUCCCGAAAGGAAGCCUGCUUAUCAAAAGGAAGCUACACCUCAGCAACCGAGAGUCAGCCCGGAGAGAAAACCCGGAUAUAUGAGACCGACGGCGACCACCAAGACCAGUCCUACGACUGAUGCACCGAGAAGUGCACCUCACAAGCCCUCCGCGAGCCCCGAUAGGAAGUCCCCCGCUAGACAAUCGAAGAUAACAAAAGCAACAGAAGAUCAUUACACAUUCAUCGAUGAAGAAACUAAAAUGUACACUCGUACUGGUAGACAAGACGUGAGCGUUACAGAAAAAGACUACGGAACAACUGAUAACAUACACCGCGCACACGAGAAAGUUCCAUCUCCGGCGCGCCACAGCCCUUCAGGUGACAGCCGCCCGGACACUCCGCGGUCAACACUAAGGAAAACUUCUCGUUCGCCGUCUCCCCCUAAAGGGCCUGUUACUUUUACUCAAGAUCAAGUCGAUAAGGUAACGAAAAAUUCAACAACAGAAAAAGAUGUUACAGACUUUACGAAGUACACUAGUUACACCGAUGAUGUCACAACGCAUCAACAAAAACCUACCGAUAGAGACUACUCAUCCCCUGUGAAAGACAAACCCUCGACGAUAAAGGAUUCGGAAAAAUCGACCAAAGAUGUCCCUAGCAAGGAAGGCUCGCCGUCUAAAUUUGGAACGUACGAUAAAAAACAGCGAAACUCACAACAUAAUGUGGAUGAAGUUACACAAAUCACCACAGAACAGAGUCGAUACGACUCCUUAACGCGUCGCGAAAAAUCUAGUUCUCCUAGAAAAGUUCCUGACGUCCCAUCCUCGCCCACUAAAAAGACUCCAAGGGAUAGUGUGUCGCCCACCAAGUCUGUCACAAAAGAUUCUAAAUUUAAACAUACGAAUGAGUUUAUUAAUGUGGAGAGAACAACCGAGGAAAUCAACAAGAAGACGGUUACUAAAGAUCGUCCCAGACAACUCGUCACUCCUUCGACUAGUCCCACACGAAAGCCUAAACCGGUUGAGACUGCACCAUCGACGGGACAAAGCUCACCCACGACCUCUGUCAGUGGGUUUGUGUACUUCAGCUCACCGCGACCGCAACAAACCAUAGUAACAGACUUGGACGAUGAAGACACUUACGUGGUGACCAGUGAAACUGAUGAAAUGACUACUUAUCAAAGGCGACCUGAUACCCUUGAAUUUACUCGAUCACCAUCACCUUCUAAAAUUCCAUGCAGAUCACCAUCUCCUGAGAAACGAGGCACACCAACUGACAGUCUGCCAAGAAAGAGCUCUUUGAAGAAACCUGUCAAUUACACAAACCGAGUAUCCCCGACUGAGAAGCCUCCGUCUAGUUUUCAGGUGUCGCCAACGGUUGAAACUCCCGAUCAUCCCGAGCACACAAUUGUAAAGAAGGAUCGUCCUGAGGAGCCGAGAACUGGCGAACCCGUAGCCAAGCCUAAGCCACCUUUGGAAAGACGAGAGACUUACGAAGAGCGAUGUCGAAAAAUCCUGGGUAUGAUGGAAGACAAUAGAAACAAAACUGCAACUAAGAAAACCCUUCUUUUGAAUGAGCCUGAGGCCGACACUGGUUCACCUAAUAUGUCUCCUUACUUAACUCCGAGCCCGAAAGAUGAUACGCCGUUUAAAUACCCCAACCAAAAAGAAACUAAAGUUACGGAAUUUACGCAAACCGACUUCAUUACUAAGGAGCGUGAACAAAUUAUAAAAGACUCUCGUCCAGGUGCACGAAAACCUACAUCAAGGGAUAGUUCACCAACAAAAUUACAAGACAUAUUUUCGGAGACGAAAUGUGACACAACUGACACCACUUAUGAUGAAUACCAUCUGUCAACACAAGACACGCAAAAGACUGGAGAGAAUAAACCUAAAGUAAUAAAGCCUAUCCGAUCGAGUAUAAGUCCAGAAAAAAGGAGUCCUAGAGAUAGCCCCAAGGGCGAAUAUCCUUCGAAGAUAAGUCAGAGUCCUGAACGCAAAAUAAGCCACAAAGGAUCACCACAAAAACCAAGGACUACUUCCCCGUCUAAACCUAAUUCGAGACCCAGCAAGAGUCCAGAGCGCAAGCCGUCAGCAGAUACCACAAAGAAACCCAUUGACAAACAAACUAGGGAACCAUCGCCAUCGAAACGACCAGCAAGUCCUGGAAAACAGCCAGGCUAUAUGAAACCAACUUCAGCUACUUUAAUAAGACAUGAGACUUAUGAUGUCGAGGAAAGCACAACUGUGAAGGAGACCAAGUCUGACGUGACAGAUAUUACAAAACAUUCUACCACGACAGAAGAUGUAAUAAAACAUCAACGUAAAUCUACAAGUCCAGACCGUAGAUCUCCAGCGAAAGACGUCCGUUCGCCUACUAAAGAGCCACUGCCUAAUGAAGGUGUGACUCCUACUUAUACAAAAUCUUCUCAUUUGAUCAAACAGGAGACUUACGAUGUUGUUGAAACUGAAGAAGAGAAGGAUUCUAAUGUGACGACAGUUCAUUCAAGAAAAUCAAUGUCUCCAACGCGUAAACCCAAAGAACCAUCUGGCAUUAUACCUAAGUCUACCCAUUUGAUCAAGCAGGAAACUUACGAUAUAGAAAAAAGCGAAGAUACAAAAGAUUCAAAGGUCAUUCGAGGCUAUCCUGGAAAAUCAACGUCUCCAACUCGUAAGCCAAAGGAGCCAUCUGGAACGAUACCUACAUCGACCUAUUUGGUCAAACAAGACACUUACAACGUUGAAGAAAGCGAUGAAACUCAUUAUACCAAGGUCACCCAGGGCUACCCAGGGAAAACAAGGUCUCCAACACGUAAGCCACAAGACACAUCAGAAAUCAUACCUAAGUCAUCUCAUUUAAUCAAACAAGAGACAUACGAUGUAGAGGAAAGAGAUUCUAAAACUACGCAAGUCCAUCGAGAAAAAUCCAAAUCACCAACACGGCAUGCGAAAGUUCCAUCGAGCGUGGCUCCGGAGAGGCAGCCUCAGGAACCUACACAUUCUCGAACCCCUUCGCCUGGAAAGAAAACCUCUAAAAUUACAAUAGAUACUGAAGAUUUUGUUAUUUCAGAAAGGGAACAAGAAGUUCUGGCCAAAGUACAAAAGUCCUUACGAAAACUUUCACCGAAUAGAUCUGAAAAAUCUCCAACACGUGGCCAAAGUCCUCCUAAGUCUACGACUAGUUUAAAGGAUAUUGAUAUCAUCACUGAAGAGUGUGUUGAUAAUGUCCAAAUUACUACUCACCAUGAAGAUACCAUGGAUGUACAAACUACAUUCAAGGAUGAUGACGCUCAUGCUAAGAAAACUAAAACUGAUAAAUCAAAAGAACCGACCAGUCAAAAGACGCCAAGUAAACCAUCGUCUCGAAAUGUCUCACCAGUCAAAAAACCUACAACAGCUUCCAGUCCAACUAAAGGAGACAAAGCACCAGAAUCACCAGGUAAAUCAAGAAGUAUCUCCCCUAAGAAAGCGCCAAGCUCCAUUGAGCGCCCGCAAUCGCCACAAGUUCCAAAAGCUAGCGGAAUUAAACCAAGAGAACCCGUUCAUUCUCCCGGCAGUCGUAAGCCGACGACCAACAUCACAUCGCCCACUAAAGCUGAUAAAACAAUUGUUACAACAGAAACAAAGAAAACUUCUGGAACAACGUCGCAAUCUAGUUUCACAAAAUCGUCAACAAUAAAAACAACCAGCAAAAUUCAAACGCCUACCAAGUAUAAUGAGCCUGAACCAAAACGAGCUCCUACACCUAAAAAUUCAUCGAUCAUUAAGAAAGAUACAGAUGCAAAAGUAACGCGAACUACGAGUGACUUAUCCUUGAAGACUAAGAAGCCUUCGCCACAGAGAAUGAAGUCAAAACCUGAAAUACAAGUGAACGAUACACCGUCCACAAAAACUUCAAAACACUCUCCUACAAGCAGACUUCAGAAACCAACCAUAUCGGUCUCACAGAGUAAGUUGCCAAGUAAACCAAAAUCAGCUACGGCAUUAAAUACGUCCACGGACGAUGAUGAUGUCAUUAUUGAUGUACAACAAGCUAAAUCAUCCAGAGAAAAUUCUCCCGAUAGAAUAUGCCCAACUCCAAUAAAUUUUGGAGAAGAGGACAUCGGUACACCUAGGUUCCCUGACGAAGUAAAUGAGCCAGAUGAUGAUUUUCGCCAACGCACUCAUCACACCAUCCACGAGGCGGAAUCUCUUGUUGACGAUAUUGUUGAAAUAUGCGAGGAUGACGAGUUAUUUGUCAAAGUAUCAGACAGUCGCAUCACUGAAUCUGAUGAAUGUCUAUUGAGUGUCAAUGAUAAAGUUACCAAGUUUACUAACAAAAUUGAGACGGUAAAUAAAGAUAAAAAGGAUGCUACGAAAUAUUUCAAAGAAACUGAAAUAAAAGUUCAUUCAGAUUACAUUGACGAAAACUUAAAGUCCGACGAGUGUCUGUUGUCUGUGUCUGAGAAAGUAAAUAAGUUUGCUAAGGGUCCUAGAGAUACUAAAGAUAGCAGAAGCCCAUCACGUAAGAUUGUUGAUGAAUAUGAUAGAAAUACGAUUUAUCAGGAUGAUUACACAAAACUAAGUGUAAAUGAUAAGGCUCAUUUGUUUGUUGAAACGGCAGAAAAUACAAAAGUUUCGAAAACAAAGCCAGCACAAAAAGUGGAGCGCCCCAAUUUGAAUGAUGUUGACGAAUCAUUAAAGAGCGAUGAUUGUUUACUAAGCGUUUCUGACAAAGUAAAUAAAUUCGUGAAAACAGCUGAGCAGUUCCUCACCCAGUCCCAAGAGGUAGAGGAAAAGGAAAAGAAGAUUAAAGAACAACAUGAUCUUAUUAUGAGAAAAAUAGUUGGAAAUAUAGAUGACGACACUGAGGAAACAGAACACAGCAUAACUACCGCCGACGAAACCGUUGUAACUGGCGAUAACGACAAUAACAAAGAUACCGAAAGAAACGUAAAGACUCGUGAAAGCGGUGACCACAAACUGGGUUCCUUCGCAAAGGAAACCACCUCAUCCCACGCCAAGGUCAAAGAUCACUCCGGUCCAAACUUGAGGCCCACCGAUAAAACUCCCACAAUAAAAAUAACGACUUUGCGGAGCAGCGAAGCCGUCAAAAAGGCAAAAGCUCUGUUCGAGAACAUCGCAACCACUCAAAAAACGAAAGACACCACAUCGAAGACAACAAAGCUAACGGACAUCGGCGUGAUCAAGAAGUCCCCGAAAACGGAUUCCACGAUCGUUCUUCAUCCGUCCAUCGAAGACGGCUUCGAUGCGUUGGACGCGGACAGCGAAGCGGACGCCGCGCCCGACGCGCCAGAAGUCGAAGACCGUCCCGUCGGGAAGACUCCCGCUCUCGCGCCGCACCACGCCCGCGUGCUCGACGACAAGCCGCGAGGGAGCCCGACUCGACUCACGACGCAGUCGCCGGAAGUCCCGCGGACUCGCUCGCCGAUGCGGCAAAGCGCCGAAACCACCGCGGCCGGCAAAACGGCGACCGCUCGCCAUCCCGCACAGAGAGCCGAAUCGCCAAACUUGCGGUCGGACGCCGAAAAGACGCCCCAGGAUAAGGUGCCUGGAUACCAGCGUCCGACGAAAACUAGCCAGAUUAAGGAAGAAACGAAAAUCGUGGAGGAGACGGAAGCGAGCAGCCGGCGGGGAAGCGGCAAGUUCGGCGUCGAGCUGCGCCGCGCCAGCGCCGAGCGCGCGCCCGAGCGCCGCCGCAGCCUCGACCACCACCAGCCCUGCAUAGAAGAUAUCUACGAUCUGGACCUCCUGGAACAAAUGUUGGAAAAGGUCGCGGGCUACGAGCAGAGGCGACGCAUCCGAGCUCAGAUAAGAGUGGCCAGGAAGACGGCGGAGACCGAGCGGACGCAUGACGAUUCUAAUCACUUGAGGGUGACGAAACAGAGCACGCUGCGAGUGUCACAUUCCAGAUCUCCCGAUCGACGCAGCUACGGCAGGUCGCCUGACCGUCAGUCGAAAUCGACUCCCCAAAGAACUACCUCGCCGGAGCGCCACCCGAAGGCCACGCCACAAAAAGCUUCUUCACCAGAUCGUCUGGCAAAAACGGCGCCGCAGAAGCCUGAACGAAGCCAGCCCAGGGACACCUCGGUGCUGUUGAACGGUCACGCAAAGGAACCCGCGAAAGCGGUCGGCGACUUGACCCGGCAGCGAACCCGCAGCCCAGAAAAACCGAUUCCAAAGGUAGCCACUAAAACGAGAAGCCCUGUCAGGCAGCCCAGCCCAGAAAAGAAGACGAGAACCACGUCUCCUAGCAAAACGGCUCCUGCCAAGCCCAAAUCGAAUCGAUUCAAUGAGUACGCGACGGCCUACAUGAAGAAGGCAGGAAUGAACGAAAGCGAUAAACUUAAGUUCGCCGAGGCUAAAACUAAGAAAGCCGAUACUGCUGCUCGGAAGACCGUGAAACAGGCUGAAGGAAUCAAGGUGACGGAGACCAAACAUGUGACUUCGUCGACGUUGAGGAGCCACACGGAGCGGACGUCAUCAAAAGAUGAAAUUGAAAUCGUGCAUAUGAACGGGAAAAGAUCUCCAUCGCCUGAGAAAAAACGAAGCCCCGAGCGUCAGGAGAUCCAGAAUGAUAGACUGCGCGAAAAGUCUCCCAGUCCAGUCAUAAAACGGCAGAAGUCGGACACAAGCAAGAAGGAAACGAUUAUCAAGACCGUUUAUGAGAUCGACAAGAAAGUGCCGACGAAUACGGUGCAAGAAGAUAAACCGUCCUGGGUGACGAACAGGAAUUUGAAAAAGAUCACUUCCGAAACGAGGACAUUCAGCAGCAAGAAGAUUGAAGCUGAGAAACCUAAGUAUCGCGCGACGAGUCCUUCGAAAGUGAUAUCGAAGCCCAUCGACGUCAUCACGUCGAGCUACGGGCCGGGGCCGCUGGACUCCGACGGGAAGCCUCUCUUCGGCAUCAAGGCUCUCCGCAACGGCGCUUCGAACGUCCAAGUGAAAGGCACGGUGAUCCGCCAAGAGUUCCACUCGCGCAACGGUAGCUCACCUGAAGGCUCCGUGUCCGUCACCGCCUACUCCAGCUCGCCCGACGCGCUCGAGCGGCUGCUGCGGGCCCAGGGCGAGCGGCCGUCGCGCCUGCACGGGCUCGCCGCCAUCACCACCACCAAGCGCUUCGGCGGCGACACCGGCGCCUCCUACCACGACGUGCACACGAAAGAGGAGCGCGCCGCGCUCGACCAGUUCACGCACAGCGACCGCCGCGUCAUCGACAGCCGCGUCGUGGACAUCUCUGACGUCACCAGCGCCGCGCACGACAGGCUCGGCUCGGAGGACAGGAUGAUCGAGGACCGACAGGAGAGAGCGACCGACAAACGGGUCACCGAGGAAAAACAGGAUAGGUUGACGAACAGAUACACCACCGAGGGCCGACAAAACAGGAUGACGUCAAAAACGGAAAGCAGGCAGGAGAGAAUCGCUUCUGACAGACACCAAACGGAGGGUAGAAAGGAGAGAAUCACUGUUGAGAGGCAGGCUCCUGAAGGCAGAGAGGAGAGGAUUACGGAGGUCCGACAGGAGAGGGUGGAGAGCAAAGAGGAGAGGCCGCGCGUCCAGAGGACCGAGGACCGACACGAGAGGACGGAGAGGGUACAGCGGAGAGAGGACAAGAAGACCGUCAGGCAGAGCUCGGUCAAGUCGCUCACGGAGAAAUACAUCAAAAGUGCGAGUGAGCCUCGGAGCGAGCGCAGCGCGUACCCGAAGGCGGGUCUGAUCCUGCGCACGGCCGGCAUGAAGGACUCCGUGUCCAGCGACUCCUCCACGCACGCAGGUCUCGCGCGCACCGACAGCGAGCAUAGCCUGGGCUCUGUAGAAGACAGCACCGUAGUGUCGUCGACCACGGACCGCGACGGGCGCGUCACCACCACCACCACCACGCGGCGCGUGGUGCCCUCGCACCACAGCACCACCUCGCACCGCAGCGUCUCGCACCACGCCACCACGCACCAGGCCGGCCAGGAGCGCUCCUUCCUCGACAGCUCCACGAAGGUCACCGGCGUGCAGGACAUACUGACGCGGAUGAAGAAUGCUGACAUCGUGAUCCAGGAGGGCGACUCGUCGGAGGACAGCGAGGCGCGCGCGCUGCUCAACAAGUUCCUGGGCGCCACCGUGCUCAUGAGCGGCAUGCAGGCCUACGUCACCGAGCGCCCCGGCGGCAAGCUCUCCGUCAAGCAGGAGACAGUCCGCAGCAGCGGCGGCAAGGUCAGCAGCACCCGCAGCGUCGAGGAGUUCGACCUCGAGCAGUGCUGGGACGAGCGCGUCUUGAGGAAACUCUUGGACGAGUGCACCGACUACGAGCAGCGUCGUCGAAUACGCGCGCGCAUCCGCAACCUCAUGGCUGAACAAGAAGCGUGCGCGAGCGCCGUGACGGAGGCGCUGGCGGCGGCCGGCGAGCCCGCGGACGGCGACGCGCGCGAGGAAGAAGAAGUAACCACUGUGACAUCGAGCGUGAGGAGGGACUCGUCUGAAAAAACUGUUAGCAGUAGUACCACUACUAAGUCUUCGAAAGUGAUCGAGAGCAUGAGCCGGCCGGCACCGAAGCCCGUGUCGCCGUUCGCCAAGUUCCGUCAGCUUGAGAAGCAAAAUUCCACCAACAGUCCCAACUCGCCCAAGACUCCGCAGAGCCCGGGCUCUCCGUCGCAGCCGUACUUCAAGUUCACGGACCCCGCGCUGCAAGCCAGCGCCCUCACUAUUAAAGAACGGUUGCUGCAGUGGUGUCGCGACAAGACCCGGGACUACGAGAAUGUGAAGCUGGAGAACUUCUCGACGAGCUGGGCGGACGGGCUGGCGUUCUGCGCGCUGCUGCACCACUUCCUGCCCGACGCCUUCGACUACGCCGCGCUCACGCCCGACAAGCGCCGCCACAACUUUACGCUCGCCUUCAAAAUUGCUGAUGAGAAGGCGGGCAUCUACCCGCUGCUAGACGUGGACGACAUGGUGGCCAUGCGCAAGCCGGACUGGAAGUGCGUGUUCACGUACGUGCAGGCCAUCCACCGCCGCUUCAAGGACCACAACUGAAGCACCGUCCGACCACGCCGCACUUCAACCCUCGAUACCAGCUGAUCGUUGUCUGGAAGUUUAACACGUUCACUGUUCAAUUCUAAAGUGAACGGGCUAAACUAGAAACUGUUACUUUUGUUAACCUCUGGUAAUCUGAUAAAGCUAUUUCUACCGAUUGGUUUCACUAGUCAAAACUGUAACUGAAGUUUACGUUAUUUCUAUAAGAGUAUAGAACUAAACCUGUGGAAAGUAACAGUUUCAGUAUAUUAUUAUUAUCACCAUAUUCUGCUUCUGGUUGCUUUGUUUUAAGGACGAUUGCAGUCCAUAUGCCAAAUUGUUUGAUCAUUUAGAAUAGUCGGCGUCAGAAGCCGACUAUGGCGGCUGGUGUAUUUCCGAAGUGCGGCGUGGUCCCGCCAGCGCCGGCUAGGUCGCAGUAGUUGAACGCUAAAGUCACAAAGUGUAUCGUUAUCGGGAGUGCGUCGCGGCGUCCAAAGAGCGUAUGUUGUUGAUAUUGUUUGUUUGUUAUUUGUCAGAUGUUUAUCGUCGCGUCCGCCCGACUCGUCGUUUCUCCAAGCGCAGUCUCGUAUAAGUCCUCCUAUUUAUUGUAUAAUCUCAAGAUGUAUGUGAUUUCUUUUAUAUUAGCUCGUAAGUUGACUAACCGUACCGAUCGACUCAGGUUAUAGUCUGUAGAUUUUAUACGCGUACUUUCGCUAUUCAUUUCUUCGGGAUCGCUUUUUCUUAUAAUUCAUAAGGAAGUCGUAUCCGCACUCAGAGUACGCAAAGUACCGACGUUUAUUACGAAUCAUUAACAAUUUUCAUAUCCGCUACUGGACUACUAUUACAUUUGACAAUAAUAACAGCUUGAAAUAAUCGCCUACUGACUUUUAUGAAAUUGAUAUUAUUAUUAUGUUAAUUUAUAUCGAUAAUGAAAUAAAUAUGAUUAACAAUG